UCAGAGCUAAGGCGCAUGCGUCCCCUGAAAUUGCCUCCACCCGGUCUACCUUCCGGUUUCCAGUUGCGGCCUCCAAGGGGCGGGCAGAAGCUGGAAACAUGCGGCUGUCGGUCGCUGCAGCCAUCUCCCAUGGCCGCGUAUUUCGCCGUGUGGGCCUCGGUCCCGAGUCCCGCAUCCAUCUGUUGCGGAACUUGCUCACAGGGUUGGUGCGGCACGAACGCAUCGAGGCUCCAUGGGCGCGUCUGGACGAGGUGAGGGGCUACGCGGAGAAGCUCAUCGACUAUGGGAAGCUGGGAGACACCAACGAACGAGCCAUGCGCAUGGCUGACUUCUGGCUCACAGAGAAAGACUUGAUCCCAAAGCUGUUUCAAGUUCUGGCCCCUCGAUACAAAGAUCAAAAUGGGGGCUACACAAGAAUGCUGCAGAUCCCAAAUCGGAGUUUGGAUCGGGCCAAGAUGGCAGUGAUCGAGUAUAAAGGGAACUGCCUCCCACCCCUGCCUCUGCCUCGCAGAGACAGCCACCUUACACUCCUAAACCAGCUGCUGCAGGGUUUGCAGCAGGACCUCAGCCAAAGCCAGGAAGCAAGCAACCAAGGAUUUAACUGCAUCUGAAGAGUCUGCAGCCCUUAAUCAGUGCCCAUGAUCACAGGCCUUUGGAGCGCUUUUACUCUCUGAGAAGAACUGGAGCUAGAGAUGUAAAAUGGACAGUCUUAAUGGGAUUGAGAACCUUCUGGGAGCCAGAUGACCCUCUCUUUGCACAAUAGAUAAAAGUCUUUAUAUGAAUAUAUAUAAAUUCAUUUCUUUUUUCCUUCCUGUGGGAUUUCUGGAGAAUGAGAAUUAUCCAAAUGCUCGGUCUACCUGGGAUAGUAAAUUCCUGGCUUAUGCUUCUGGUCCUUAAA